AGCACUAUAAUUUCUGCCUCGAUCUGUAGAAACAACCGUAUCACAAUCUUCAACAUGAGUGGAAGAGGCAAAACCGGCGGUAAGACCAGAGCGAAGGCUAAGACUCGCUCCUCCAGAGCAGGGCUGCAGUUCCCCGUCGGUCGUGUUCACAGGCUUCUCCGUAAAGGAAACUACGCCGAGCGCGUUGGUGCCGGUGCUCCGGUUUAUCUGGCCGCUGUGCUCGAGUAUCUGACGGCUGAGAUCCUGGAGUUGGCUGGAAACGCCGCUCGGGACAACAAGAAGACCCGUAUCAUCCCCCGUCACCUGCAGCUGGCGGUGCGCAACGACGAGGAGCUGAACAAACUCCUGGGCCGAGUGACCAUCGCUCAGGGCGGCGUGCUGCCCAACAUCCAGGCCGUGCUGCUGCCCAAGAAGACCGAGAAACCCGCCAAAACCAAGUAGAUGAACUGAAAUGUGAUGAACAUUCAAAACUCCCAAAGGCUCUUUUCAGAGCCACCUACUUUCUCUAUAAAAGCAAUUUGACUUAUGCAUGUAAUAAAUAAACAGCUGUUAAUUUGUAUUUAUCGUUCUACUACACAACAUUUGCGUCGUGUCCACGCUGCACAUGAGUGGCGUCAAUAGAGCAAAUUCUAUAUGUACACAAUUCCGUGUGAGUGGAACAGCACAAAGUGAUGCUUAAAUAAAAAGAAAACCAGAGAAAAAAAAUAAAAAACGUUUAACUGCAGCAGGAAGACUAAAAAACAUCUUAAA